AUGGCGCAUAACGAUAUUGUGGUGCUCGGAGCGGGUAUCAUCGGCUUGAACGUUGCCUUGGAGUUAUCGAAACGUGGCUAUGGGCAGCAUAUCACAGUCAUGGCGGAACAUCUUCCCGGAGAUGAAUCAAUUGAUUACACCUCCCCUUGGGCUGGAGCGAAUUUCUCUGGCAUAUCGGGCAGCGAUGCCAAUGCACUGCGCUGGGAUCGAUCUGGCUACUUGGCCAUGAUGAGACUGAUUGAUACCGGCGCGGAAGAAGCAAAGUAUCUUUCCAAAACCGAGUCAACAGAGUACUGGGAUCAAGCCCCAUCACAGGACAAGAUCAUCAGCAUGACUGAGUAUCUGCACGAUCUUGUCAUAAUACCUCCAUCCGACCUCCCUAAGGGAGUUGCCUUCGGUAUAAGAUUCACUACAGUCACACUCAACGCGCCUGCACAUUGUGAAUAUUUGAAAUACCUCCUAUCUCAACCUCGGUACGGUGGUAUAAAAUUUGUCCGCCGGAAGGUAUCAAGCUUGCAGGAUGCCUUCCUGUACGGAACACAAAUCGUCUUCAACUGCAUCGGCAACGCAGCAUCCAGUUUAGCGGGAGUUGCCGACUUGAAAUGUUAUCCCACACGUGGUCAGAUUAUCCUUGUAAAGGCCCCGUCAGUGAGAGUCAAUGUCAUGCGGCAUGGCAAAGACUACGAGACAUAUAUCAUCCCGCGACCCCGCUCAGAUGGCACUGUGAUAUUAGGUGGCUACCUACAACCUGGGGACCAAACUAGGCAGACCCGACCAGUAGAGACAGAAUCUAUUCUGAGUCGCACAGAGGGCCUCCUACCGAUCCUCAAAAAUGGAGAAACAGAAAUCCUUCAUGUUGCGGUGGGAUUGCGGCCAUCGCGGCAAGGCGGUGCUCGAGUGGAGCUCGAAACCACGCCAGAGGGCCACACUGUAGUACACAACUAUGGCGCAGGAGGGACUGGAUUUCAGGCCGGGAUGGGAAUGGCCAAGGAUGCGGUUGAUUUGGCUUCAGACAUCCUCAGCCAGCUUCGAGCCAGAGUAGAUUAUGACAGCGGAUAA